AUGGAUCACCUGACUGCGCGCUUCCAAGAAAUGUGGCGUCAAGGCGAAGUCCUGCAAGAUUUCAAACACGCAACCAUCGUGCAUCUCUACAAGCGCAAAGGGAAUCGCCAAGUCUGCGACAAUCACCGCGGCAUCUCCCUGCUGAUCAUCGCCGGGAAGAUCUUCGCACGAAUCCUCCUCAACCGCCUCAAUAACCAUCUGGAACAGGGCCUUCUGCCGGACAGCCAAUGCGGCUUCCGUCGUCAUCGUGGGACCACGGAUAUGAUCUUCGCCGCCCGUCAACUUCAGGAGACAUGUCAGGAGAUGCGGACCCACCUGUACUCUAUCUUCGUGGACCUGACGAAAGCCUUCGACACGGUGAAUCGUGAAGGACUGUGGAAGAUCAUGCAGAAAUUCGGCUGUCCGGAGCGAUUCACUCAGAUGGUGCGUCAGCUGCACGACAAUAUGAUGGCGCGAGUCACGGACAGCGGAACUGUCUCUGAGGCAUUCGCAGUGACUAACGGAGUGAAGCAGGGCUGCGUACUGGCGCCUACCCUCUUCAGUCUCAUGUUCUCUGCCAUGCUGAUGGACGCCUACCGCGACGAACGCUCCGGGAUCCGCAUCGCCUACAGGACGGACGGUCAUCUCCUGAAUCAACGGCGGAUGCACUUCCAAUCGCGCGUAUCCACAACCACCGUUCACGAACUCCUCUUCGCCGACGACUACGCCCUAAACACCUCCUCGGAAGAGCAGAUGCAACGGAGCAUGAACCUGUUCUCUGCCGCCUGCGAGAACUUCGGUCUGGUCAUUAACACGCAGAAGACGGUGGUGAUGCAUCAACCGCCACCCAACUCAGCCACAGCCCCCAACGCGCCGCCGCAAAUCAGCGUGAACGGAACCCAACUGCAGGUGGUGGAGAACUUCCCGUACCUGGGCAGUACUCGCUCCCGCAACACCAAGAUCGACGACGAAGUCGCCAACAGGAUCUCGAAAGCCAGUCAAGCCUUCGGUCACCUCCAAAGCACAGUUUGGAAUCGCCACGGUCUUCAGCUGAGCACGAAGCUGAAGAUGUACAAGGCCGUCAUCCUGCCGACACUACUGUAUGGAGCGGAGACUUGGACAGUGUACGCAAAGCAGGUACGUCCUCUGAGCCACUUCCACCUCAGCUGUCUUCGACGCAUCCUGAGGCUAAAGUGGCAGGAUCGAAUCCCCGACACUGAUGUGCUGGAUUGGACGGGAAUCCUCAGCAUCUACGCCAUACUGAGGCAAAUGCAGCUGCGUUGGAGCCGCCACCUGGUGCGCAUGGACGACGAGCGACUACCCAAACGACUCUUCUAA